CGAUUAUAUAAGCAGAAUCCUGUUGAUGGUAAAAGGCCGCCACUGCUCUAGAACAUGACGUCGUGGUGUCGCUACGCGCGUUCUUGAAUAUAGGGAUUUUUUUUUGCAGUUGUUGCCAGUGGGACCGCGUCGACACUUUGAGAAUAGAAUGGACCUCUUUUAGUGAGGCUGUUACCAGUUGUUACCAGAUGCGUGCUUCUGGUCGCUGCCGUUUGCCGGUGGGCACUGGCUUUCCGGUUUCGCAGAAGUGGUCCUUCGCUCUAUCCACCUUGACUUUGGGCUUACUACAUCAAUGGCUUUUGGCAUUUUCUGCACCUUUAGCGGCUGCGGCGAAAAAUAGUGACAAGUGCGCAUCCUAUUACGAUGCCGUGGAGAAAAACAUGCUCGGGAGUACGACGUUCCUCGCGAUCACGUCCACGACUGGAAAAGUACUCUACACUCAAGUAGUAUCGAAUUGUAAGGCUAUAAAUCACCGAUAAGGGCGUUUGAUAUCGCUUUAAUGGUACUAUCAUCACGAUAAGAUGGAUGAGCUUUCUGAACCUGGUGCAUCGAUAAUCUAUAGUAAGAGCUAACGAGGAUCCGUCUAGCAAGAAUUACAGCAGACCGUGAACAAGUGGCACUUUCUAAAAAUUCUUUGGCAAGUGACGGGCGGGCCCUCGCCCUGGUGGAUAGCGGACUCACCACACCGAAGGACAUCGUUUAUUUAUGACGACGAACGAAAUGAGAAACCCAUCUUAUUUAACAUUUGCUUUCUUGAUGAACUAUACAAACUUUUUGGAGGAAGAGGAUUCCUCAAUCUCUAUCUAAUCACAAUCACUUACACCAGUCAAUUAUUUUUACGCCUUCUGCAUCCUCCAAUUACAUUACAAGUACUCCCCUUAUUCGGAAAAUUAUAAAUUUCAUCUGCUUCGAGUUCUACAGCUGACUAUUUAUGCUGAGAAGUAAAGAUGGGCUCUAAUUUUCGAUCCAAAAGCAGCACGCAUAUUCGUUUCGGACUUCGAAGGAAAGCGAAUUAUCAGCUACAAGAUUUUCGUCCAUGUCGACGAAAGUACUAUGAUAUUUUAGGAUCGAUAUUAGUCGAGACUAAACUUAAAAAUGCUGGUGACUCAUGUUUAUUAGUAAUUACUAUCGCGAAGCGAGUAUCAGCUUUUCUUUUUUCUUUGAUCCUUUUCUCCUCUUACUAAUGAGCUGUGCCUAACUUAGCAUUCUCGAGUACUACGUACUAGAGCUCUUCUUCUUAUCCUUUUGAUUCUUGACUCGACCUCGUAACGGUCUUUUUGUAUUUUCCAACCUCGAAAUUUUUUUGUAUCUCCAAGUACUAAGAUUUUUAAGUACUGACUAAGAACGGCGUAAAAUAAUUUAUAGUAUCACCGGGAGAUCUAUAAUUUACCCUUUAUUUCUUGGAGCUCCACCAGACUUCCCAUAACAAUUAAAUAACUAACUAACUAACUAACUAACUAACUUUACACUUUUAUUGUAUCACCAACAACCAAUUCGAUCUUGCGUCGUGUCAGGCACAUCAAUCAAUCAAUUCAGAAUUGAAGAAGCAUUUGCGAAUCAGAGGGGAUCGCAUAGUGGUCGCGGAAGACGUGAAAUCGGAAUACUUAGCUCUCGACCACGAAGGAAAUCUCUACUUCACGACCGGCGAUAGCGUGAACAAAAUUAGCAACGCACUACUUUAUGAACUUCAUCAUAAUUGUUGAUCUGCGCACAGAUAAAGUUACCGGAAAAGUUACCUCCGCAGGAAAGAGAGUUGCUAUCAAUCGUAUUGCCAGCGUAGCUCGUUCUGUGGGAUCCACAACCUAACCUAACCUAGCCUCACCGGAUGACUUUCGCUCGUCUUAGGAUACUCCCUUCGGCUAACAAGGUCCGUACUUUUGCUUAUGCUGUAGUUGUCGUGCGUGUACUCCUUGAGUACGAUGCUGUGACUUAGAAUAGCAACCGCAUCCGCAUUUUCCAGCACGAAUGAUUUUUUAUGUACUGAAGAGCCCACGAAGAACAGCAACCUGACGUGCAACAGCUAAGUUCUUUUUUACUCUAUAUAAAGAAAUAUAAGCUUUGGGUUGUUCUAGAUACGCGUCAUUAUUGAUUUCUGCACCACUUUCAUUUUCCGAAGCAGUUGUAUGCAGGGACGCUGAGAGCCAAGGACCUGAAAACGCAGUCAGAAGUGUCCGCUUUCUACGCCGCGCAAGAGGAGUUGCAAAAAAAUAGCGGGGUUCCUUUGCCUCCUGCAGUUGCACCACCGCAAAUCGUUGAAGUAGCGACGGGAUUGUCGCAAGCGACGGGAUUGAUCAGUAUUAACUGAGAAAUUUGUUACAACGCCUCUUUCUGUUACAAUGUCCCUAUCUUCAUGAUCGAAUUCUUUGGUGCUGAUGUUGUCAAUAAUACAAGCCCACGAUCUGAUUUCACAACGCUGCUGUCCCUGAUUGAAUCAUGAUCCAUUUGUUUCAUAGAACAGGCGGAUCUCUAUCAGUAUCCGCGUAGACAGUGGUUAGCUGACAUGCCCCAAGAGUGGUUACAUUGAUUCACUCAUUCGUUCAUUCAUUUAUCUCGAGUAUGAUCUAUAUUCUUCUACGCAGCAAAUGGUGAGCAAAUUUACUGGGGCCAGAGCAAUCCAGUGAAUAACAGUGCAGAAGUGGUUGCGGUCCCUGUCAUCGCGGACGCGCCCAAUCCGACAAAGACGAAGGUCGCUUACACAGUCAAUCCGAAGAUCGAAGGGGUUGCGAUGAACUAUUAAGGCGUUGUAUUCUGUUGCUAUUCUUUUCUAUUGCUAUUCUAUUGCUAUUCUAUUACUUUUCUAUUGCUAUUCUAUUGCUAUUCUAUUGCUUUUCUAUUGCCAUUCUAUUGCUAUUCUAUUGCCAUUCUAUUGCCAUUCUAUUGCUAUUGUAUUGCCAGUCUAUUGCUAUUCUAUUGAUUUUUUAUUGCUUUUCUAUUGCCAUUCUAUUGCUAUUCUAUUGCCAUUCUAUUGCCAUUCUAUUGCUAUUGUAUUGCCAUUCUAUUGCUAUUCUAUUGCUAUUCUAUUGCUAUUCUAUUGCUAUUCUAUUGCUAUUCUAUUGCUAUUCUAUUGCUAUUCUAUUGCUAUUCCAUUGCUGUUCUAUUGCUGUUCUAUUGCUGUUCUAUUGCUAUUCUAUUGCUUUUCUAUUGCUAUUCUAUUGCUCUUCUAUUGCUAUUCUAUUGCUAUUCUAUUGUUAUUCGAUUGCUAUUCUAUUGCGAUUCUAUUGCUAUUCUUUUGCUAUUCUAUUGCUAUUCUAUUGCUAUUCUAUUUUUGGAAGUAGUAGUAGACGUGGGCUUUCUUACAGUUUUGGCUGGUAUAUGCUUUCCGUUUAACCCCUACCACCACAAUGCAGUACGUCUGGGAAAUCUUAGGCAGCUCGCCGAAUACAUUCAAAGCAUCACGCUUUCCGUUUACUUGGAAGUAGAAGUAGCUAGACUAGUCUGUUCAUUAUUGUGAGGAAAACUUAGAUGGACACCCAUAGAAAUUUUAGAAGACUACAAGACCAAGCACAAAGCUUUUCUAAGACUACAAUAGUAUUUUUUUCGCUGCUGCUGGAACCGUCCUGCGCGUGCCGCAGAGUAACAAUAUGAACCUUCCACCAAGUAGUGCGGCCGCGACGACCCUAGCCACAGGUCUGGUGAGCCCACGGGGCCUCGCUUGGGAUCACGAUGGGACUCUUUACAUCGCGGACGGCGGCGCCAGUCAAUCGUCAGCGACAGGAGCCAUGUUUAUGUUGAACAGGUUGAUGUGACGAAGAUACGGCAGUGCAGAUUUGAUGCUCACUUGAUCAUCUGAUCUUAGUUAAUGUUAAUCCAGUGGAACGAGGGAUCAUUUUGAGUUUUUUCUAUACCAGUAAUAGGCUCAAGUGAAAAAUAAAAACUCGUUUUGAGCUACACUGCGUGCAAUUCGGGCUCGUGAUAAGGGCGGUGAAUACGAUAGUCAUCAUCUCAACCUGUUUCAUAUCCUUAAGCGGCUUGGUUUACUCGGUUCCAUCUGGAGCACCUGGCCUUGCUGACGUGCAGGAAGUAGUGGCGGCAGACGGGGCUUUCGGUGUUGCUGUUGUUAAGGGGACGGUGUUACCAGUCACUAGUAAGUAACCAAUCUACAACUACAAAUAUUACUGAUGCAGUCACAAAGAAUAUAUGGCCGUUGCUCGUCAAUUUUUCAAGAUCUCUAACGCCCUCUCGUGCUCCGACGAAGGCAUUGAGGUGAUACAAGAAACAACAGAGACCGCGACCUCGACAAGUCGAAUGUUUUUCUGGACACUGUGCGGCGUAUCAGGUGUCCUUCUCACUAUCGGGCUGGUGGUGCUCAGAUUCUAACCAUGCUUGAUCACAGGCUAAUACUUAGUAAGCACUUGAGAAAGACUAGUAUUUUUCUGGAAGAUUACUGCAGAUGAUCAUGAACAUGUGAAUAGAAAUUUUUUAGGUUACCACUUGUAGAAGACAUCAAAGUUAUACGACGAGAAAUGGCGGGACUGCAGAUGAACAUAAAAUAGAUUUAUGUCGUGUAUCACCAGUGAAGAUAAAAUGUCGUAACGCACCAGAUGCGAGCAGUAGAAAUUAAAUUUUAGUUCAAACAAUUAUCCCUUAAAUUUCAAAGUUACUUAACAUGUGCUUCAGAAAAAGAUGAAACGCACUGACAGAAAUUGAAUAGAAGCUUGUUUGAAAAUUAGUUGUUUUGCGAAUAGAUAAUCUCGACAGCCUUCAACUCUUUGAUUAGAUAGCCUUGACAUCAAAAGUAAAGGUACACUCAUGACUCCUUUGUAAAAAACUUCUAGCCUUCAACACGUCUGCUCCGCAUCUGUUGUACAGCAUCACGUAGAUUGGGUAUUCGGCAUCGCAACAAAGCUACUUUUGGACAGAACCCGGUCGUGAACCACUCGCUUUCGAAUCUGACAUAUUUCGCCUCUUUCGAUCCGUCCCUAUAGACGGAAAAGAGAU